GUGAGAUGCGUAGAAGUUGGAGAACGAUCUUAGUAGCCGCAUGCGUUGCUGCGGUUACUCUCACGCACAGCACAGCCUACGCAGAAAGCUGUCCAAUUUAUCUCACAAUUUCUGCCCACGGACGUUCGGUAGAGGAUGCACCGCUGGUAAUUAACUGGGGACCGGGAUGUGCCAAUCCACCGGAAUGGAUCGGCUUGUACACGGAGAAUCCGGCCCUAUCGAAUGCGUCCCCAGUUGCACAAGUUUUCCCGAACGGAGAACACAGUGGACAGGUGACCAGUGAGGUAAAGUUUGGACGACGCAAGUUACCGGGCGGCUGGAGCCACGAGCAAGUGCUGCAGCACAUACCGAAGCGAAAGAGCAAACCGAUCUGUUUCGAUCUGUACCUAACGAGCUACGACUCAGCUGGUCAGUUGGAGUACUUCGAUUGUCUAAAGAUACAGCCAACUUGGAUGUUUAGUGAACCGGGGCUGGGGAAUGUGUCGCUACGGGAGUUAUUCCUUCCGGGAACGCACUGUUCCGGUUGCUAUCAGACGCGCAACAACGUUGGCAAUGUGUUUCUGAAGAAGAUUGGCUUCCGGCAGAGUUUGGACGUGUGGAGUCAGCUGGUGUUUGGGGUGCGCUAUCUAGACUUCUCGAUCGGUUACUAUCCAUCGCACAAUGGAACGCGCAACUUUUGGAUUAUGAACGAACACUUUCGUGUCGCAUCGCUGGGACCGAUCCUGCAAGACAUCCGGCGGUUUGUGAUACUAUCGGAGGAGACAGUGUUUCUGGACUUUCGAAGAUUUCCGCUUGGCUUCCACAACAAUCCCGAGCAGCACGAGGCACUGUUGGCAUUGCUGGAGCAAGAACUUGGCGAUCUGGUGUACCGGAGGCAGAUUCUGCCGUCGUCGGAUGAGGUGGAGACGCUCGAAGCGGACGGCGAGUCGUACAAUCUCACGCUCGGGGAUAUGCGCCGAGAGGGAAAGUACAUACUUAUCACCUACAAUCACGAGGCCAGCUUAAAUGAGUCGGAAAUUGUAUGGAAACCGUGGAAAAAGCACUCAAGCGCAUUCCUCAAGCACACCGAGCUGGGUGAGUUUAUGCAGAAUCUGUUCUCCCAGAAGCAUCCGGAUGCACCAAAGAAUAUCGGUUGGAGUCUGCACGGUGUGCAAGGCUUUCAGGGAAGUUAUAACGAGGAAGAAGCCACAUAUUUAAUGCCAGCCGAACGUGCCAGCAUCGUCAACCCGAAGCUGAUGCAGCUAUUGAGCGGUCCGUGGAGCCAUCGGGCAAAUGCCGUCCUGGUGGAUUACUUUACCAACACGAAUCUAGUGGACCUGGCAGUCGAUACGAACCGAUACAAGACGCUGCGUAAUCCGAUGAACGAAGCCGUAGUGCUUGACAUCCAGUAG